AUGAAUCAAUGGCAUCUGCUGGUUGAUUAUAAUAGAAUUUGUCAUGAAUGGACAAUGAACGAUGAUCCAACUGAAGUUCAUAGAAGACUUGCUCAACAAUGUCCAUUUGUUCUUUCAAUGCCUUCAGUACAAUGUUCACCAAAAAUAAUUAAUGAUAAACUUGAUGAAAAGUUUGAAUCAUCUCAUCGAGAAGCCACAUUUUCUAAUAUUACUUGGAAAGAAAAUUUACCGACCAUUAAAAAUUUAGUUCGUGCAGGAUUCUUUUAUGCUGGUAUUGAUAAUGCAGUGGCAUGUUUUUAUUGUAAUGGUUCACUAUCACCACAUAAAUGA